AUGGGGCUAGUUUCCGUGCCCAGAAUCAGGUUUUUGAGGCGCCAAGGCAUCGAACUCGGAAAGGAGAAGCCCACUAAACCUUCGGUCGAAUUUUCUGCUGGAAAUGGUUUCGGCGAUUUGGUUGACGAUAUUGCCGCAGCUGAUUUGUUUGCCGUCAAGAAAAAGGACAUUUUUGCGGUCGAGGAAGAGGCCGAGGCAGAGCCGGAAGAAGAAAAAGAAACCGCAGAAGAAGGCCCGCAUCCUAACAGAAAGAGGAAUUGGCUCAUAAAAGAUGAGGCUAACAAGAACGUCAAGGUGAACACACGUACGGUAUUCGAGGACCCGGAGGAUAGCGAUGGAGGUGAAAGGGAGGUUGAUAGACCAGCUGCUGGCCCGUCGGAAGGAUUGGAUAUCGAAGAGGCCAAGAAGGAAAAGGCGCUGAAGGACAAGACCAAAAAGACGGAAGACGAGGAGCUGGAGCUGGGAGACGAUGAUGAUCGAAGCGAUGAUGAGGGUCCGGACCUAUCGUGGCUUCCGAAGCCGAUCGGCUAUGAUAGUGAUGAAGAAGACGAUUUGCCGGCCGAGUACGACCCCUCGCUAGACACGAAACUCGAGGAGAAGAGGGCCAAGGCACUCGACAAACAAAAG